GCAUGGGCAGCAUCUCGGAAAAGCGAUACACAUGCACACCAACGCGCAUAUGCGGCACUGGUCGGAGUUGUACUAACACAAAUGCUAAAGAAACGGAAACCAUCUUUACUGCAACAGUCUUUUGCAUAUAAAUCUCCGCAAAUCAUUUCACGGGAUAUGCUGGCAAUUUGUCCAGUGGAUCAAGAAACAGACUGUGAUGGAAGAGGCGCAGUGUCCGGAAUGCCGGGGGCAUAUCGUCGGGUGGAUGGUUACUGUAAUAACGUGCGCACGGGCUGGUGGGGCAGCACCUACGCACCAAUGCAACGCCUGCUGGAGCCAGACUAUGCUGAUGGUACAGUGAGAGGUGGAGACGAUAAGGUGGGUUCGAUAUCGGGCAGUGGUUUUGGUGACGUUUCGAUUUUGUUCCCAUUUUUGAUGCAUUUUAGUUGA